CUGUGCAGCUCCCAUACCUUCGUUCGGCCCUUUUCCCUCGAUCCAUAUAAAAAGAGAGCGUGGUUGUUGUUGUGUCAUCUCUUCUUCACUCUUCACUCUCACGAACGUCGACUAUGGCUCACUUGCACACCCCUGCUCAACACGCGGUACCCUUCUCGCGACCGGCGACGCCAGGCCAUGUUGCGCACCGGCUCGGCUUCUACGGACUGGGGGCUAUGGGCUAUUUUAUGGCGCGCAACCUCGCAAAGACCCGCUCAGCGCACGCUACCACAAGCCCGCUCCUGGUUUACAACCGAUCGGUAGCCAAGUGCGAGCAGCUGCAGAAGGAGCUCGGCGCGGACAAGGUCCAGAUCGCAAAGUCGCCCGAGGAGCUUGUCCAGGAGUGCGAUAUCGUCUUUACCAGUCUUGCGAGCGACGCGGUUGUGAAGAGCGUGUACGAGCAGUUCGCGGCAGCACUGAAGGCAAAGCCGCCCACAAUGAACAAGAUUCUCGUAGAGAUGAGCACUAUCUAUCCUUCCCUAGCUGGCGAGCUGGAUACUCUCUUGAGUGAGAUUCCCCAUACUCACCUAGUCACCGGGCCCGUCUUCGGUCCCCCGGCCGCCGCUGAUGCUGGCACUCUCAUUUGCAUCCUUGCCGGGGAAUACCGGGCGAAGAAGGAGGUUGCGCAUAUUCUGGUCCCGGGAGUGGGCAAGAAGGCGAUGGACUUGGGCGGCAACCUCGAGAAAGCCCCGAUUUUCAAGCUCAUUGGCAACUCGAUGAUCCUUGGGUCGCUCGAGAUCCUCGCUGAAGCGUUGACACUUUCGGAAAAGACGGGCGUCGGCUCCGCGACGACGUACGAGCUAAUUAAGGAUCUAUUCCCGGCGCCACCCUUCAUCAACUACGGCAAUAAGAUGGUGACCGAUUCGUUUGAUGGACUGAAGGGUUUUGCAAUCGACGGUGGCCUGAAGGAUGCGAACCACGUGCGCAGACUUGUGACGGAGUAUAACUCGCCGAUGCCUGUUGUCGAUGCGGCCCACGGACACCUCCUUUCGGCCCGGGCCAUUCAUCAGGAGCAGACGAAGCGUGGGGAACAAGCGUUUGACGUCCUGGACUGGAGUGGACUGGUCGCUGGAGCUAGGGUUGCGGCAGGCAUGGACGCUUUUAGCAGCGCUCAGGUACGUUCUAUCUAGAAUGCACCGAUGCGAGCCUCACAAUCGAUCGUAUACAGCCCGCGAAAGUUGUCAAGGACUAAUAGAAGACGUCAACUAUCUGACGUUGUUGUACCAUAGUUGUCGACCUGUAUGUGUGGAACGUUCUGGAGAGAUGUAUUUCUACUCCUGCCAUAGCGCUGUUGUACCUGUCUCUGAUUGUACCAAUAUGGUGUUGUAUACAUGAUGGAAUAUUGUCUCUCAGUCGGCGUUGUACGAGGAGCGUAAUUAACGAUCAGUAUAGCCGCGAAGACUCGUGAACAUCGAGACGCGACGUGGACGGCGAACACUACACCUUCCAAAUGCGUGCGAAAGUGUCGUUGGCGGGCGCUCCGCCACCGACCACUGUGUACAGUGGCACAUCGCGACUUGGCCGC